CAAUGUGUUUGCGUCUGCUGCUGCCAUGCCCAUGGCUGGUUGGGUGGGUCCAACCUGUGCUGCUUCCUUCCCCAUCAAAUAUAGAUGUGAAAAUAUCUGGCCAAGUAGGCAGUGCGGGGGGAUGCCUGUCAGCACACAGGAACACUAAAGGGACGCUGUGAGAAAGUCUCUUCUGAGCUCUCAGCUCUCCUGGACCUACUUGGCUCAAGCCAGGUACACAGAGAGAGAGUGAGAGAAAGAAAGAAAGAAAGAAAGAGAGAGUCAGACAGCCCCUUUCCACUAAGGUUACACAUUGUCAUCUGAGAGGAAAUGGAUGUACUGGAGUCCAUGGGUACAGCCAGCUCCUGCCCUGGAUUCCACAGCAGGAACAAAAGUGACGUGAUCCUGGGCCACUACAACUACACGGGUCGCCUGCACUCCAGGCAGCUGGAGAGCCGUGGAGUGAGCCUCACCAAGGCCAUGUUCCUGGCCAUCAGCGUCCUCAUCAUCCUGGAGAACCUGGUGGUGCUGCUGGCCGUGAUUUUUCGUUCCCGCCAGCGGAGCCGCUGGGUCUUCGUGUGCAUCGCCAACAUCACCUUAAGCGACCUUCUGGCCGGCAUCGCCUACGUGGUCAACCUGGUCAUGUCCGGCAGCAGGACCUUCCGGCUCAGCCCCAGCCAGUGGCUGUUCCGCGAGGGCGUGCUCUUUGUGGCUUUGGCCGCCUCUGUCUUCAGCCUGCUGCUCAUUGCUGUGGAGAGGUACACCACCAUGAUCAAACCGCUGCAUCAGAAGUCAGCCUGGAACACCUGCCGCAUCUACGCCUUAGUGGCCCUCUGUUGGCUGAUGGCCUUCGUUAUGGGGUUCCUGCCCAUGCUGGGCUGGAACUGCAUCUGCCAGAUGAAGGACUGCUCCACGCUCCUGCCCCUCUACUCCAAAAGCUACAUCCUCUUCUCCCUUAUCAUUUUCUUCAUCAUCCUGACGGCCAUCGGCAUGCUGUACGGUGCCAUCUACUGCCACGUGAGGAGCAACACGGAGGUCGGAAGCCAGCGAAUUCGGCGGCGCUCCCUGCGCCUCCUCAAAACGGUCAUCUCCAUCGUGGGAGUCUUCGUGGUGUGCUGGGGGCCGCUCUUCUUCCUGCUAAUGGUGGACUUCUCCUGCCACUCCCGCCAAUGCGCCCUGCUGUACGGCGCCGACUGGGUCAUCGCGCUGGCUGUGCUCAACUCGGCCAUCAACCCCCUCAUAUACUCAUUCGGCAGCACCGAGCUACGCAGGGCCAUCGCCGGUCUUCUCUGCUGCUGCUGCGUUAAAGCCGGGCUCUGCGACUGGUCCGGCCUCCUGUCCAAGGAGACCGACAGUACCUCGAGCAGCUGCCACAGACACAGCAGCCUGCGCAACAGCUUCAGCAGAGUGCGGAGCAUGAGCACCAGCCCCCAGCCCGCCGGCAAACCCAAGAAGCCACGCCUGAGUUCCACCACCUCCUGCCUCUCCGUGUCAAGCGGUUAAGGAGCGCGGCGGAGACGAGAGCGCCAACCACCGCAACUGUCGCUUCGCCCCCGCUCCACCCAGCGCGUCUGUCGGAGAACGCCCGUUUUUUUUUUUUUUUUUUUUCUUUUCCACUCCUUUCUUCUAAACCGAAUAGAAGUCAACGGCAGGCUGCAGCAGAAGUACGAGACGGCGCGCUUGCCUCGGACACGCGCGCUCGCAUUACGUGUCUUUUGUAUAGGUAGACGUGCUCGGUGCGGCGUACAGCGUAUCUUUGGAACAUUUUUGCUGUUACGGUGUUUUGUAGAGAAUGCAGGUAUCGUUUUUUUUACUAUUCCACUCUUGCUCAUGGCUGGAAAAUAUUAAUUGCACAGAGUCUGCCUUCGUAGCGUGUCUUUUUUCACAGCUCGAAAAAUCCCGUUUGCACUUUAACAUUGGCUCCCUUUCACCGUCACAAGGGUUUGGCACGACGUGACGCCGACGCGAAAUAACGCGAAACCGUCCUCGGGGACAUACGUGUGAAUUUACUCACAAAAGACUGACCUGCAAUACAGGGUAUUCAUUGUCGUUUUCUUAUUUACAAAUUGGAUUUGCACCUUUAUAUAUAGUUGCUUGAAAA